AUGAAAAAAUUCAGGGAAUUGAAGAAGACAGGUGAUGGAACAUUUGGGGUUGUUAUAAAAGCUGAGGACACCUAAACUCAUGAUUUAGUUGCAAUCAAGAAGAUGAAAUAAAAGUAUCACAAUUUUGAUGAAUGCACAAAUUUGAGGGAAGUUAAGGCUUUAUUGAAACUCCAAAAUCACCCCAAUAUUGUUAAGCUUAAAGAAAGUAUAAAUAAUUAAUAAGUAGUUUUCCUUGAUAAUGAUACUUUAUGUUUAGUGUUUGAAUUUGUCGAAAAAAGUAUUUACUAAAUAUUUAUCUAUUAUUAGGGGAAAAUAAUAUCGGAGGAUCAAAUAAAAUCCAUUAUUUAUCAAGUCGCCAAUGGUCUUAGUUACAUGCAUAAACAUGGAUAUUUUCAUCGUGAUCUUAAGCCAGAGAAUAUGUUAGUCACCAACAAUGGAGUAGUUAAAAUUAUUGACCUUGGAUGCGCAAGAGAGAUAAGGUCCAGACCUCCUUACACCGAUUACAUAGCCACAAGGUGGUAUCGAGCUCCAGAAAUUCUGUUGAAGUAAGUCAAUUACAACAGUCCUGUUGAUAUUUUCGCAUUAGGUUGUAUAAUGGCUGAACUAUUUCUAAACAGACCUCUCUUUCAAGGAAAUUCAGAACUGGAAUAGUUUAACAAGAUUCUCUCGACUCUUGGAACAUUUACUUAAACUGAAUGGCCAGAAGGAUGUAGAUUAGUAUCUCAAAUGGGUUUGGCUCUUGCUUAGUUUUAGCCAUUACAGUUAUAAUAAUUGAUACCAAAUGCGAGCACGGAGGCCAUCAAUCUGUUGACCUAAAUGAUUAGAUGGGAUCCUAAUAAGAGAAUUACUGCAGCGUAAAUGUUGACUCAUCCCUUCUUUUAUAACAUAGAGAAAAUAGCGCCAUCUUUGAUUUUCGAAGAAUAAGUCAAAUCAAAAGAUGAGUUAAAAUUCUUUGAGUCUGAUCACAAGAACAAAUCCUACAGUUAAAAGGAUGAGCCUCAUACUCAGUUCAAGCAAAAACAACAAUUUUAAUAAUAAAUCAAAGAUGAUGAUAGCAAUGAUUUGGAUGACAUCCUGGAUUUCAUAACGACAGAAAACAAACCAAUGCCAUCCAAAUUAUCCACCUAAAGUGCUAAGGCUCUGGACUUUGGUGAAUAUGUUCCCACCUAACCUAUGAAUCGAUAGACUAGAAAUCUACAAUCGAGUUAAUUGCAGGAAUAAAACAAGAAGGACAAUAAUUCUAUUUAUGACUUCAGUCAUUUACAAAGUUAUAAGCCAAACAAAUAGCCAAAUAUAAAUUCUAAAUAUUGA